UUGCUUAUAGGCGGUGUGCGGCCUCUGUUCAGCCUCCUCUUAUUUCUUCAUAGCUGAACUGCCUGAACAUGGCUGGUUGCUGAGGUCUCUACAGCGGCCGGUGACUAGCUACAGAGUGAGAGAGGCAUCGAAUGUUAUGCUUUGCAAGGUGCUCUGCUAAGAGUGUCGAGGAGAAACAAUUCAAAUGCAGGCUUUGCUAAAUCCUGCAGAUGAGAAAACAGGAUAGGCGUUGGUAGUGGUGUUACUGCAUCUCAACAAGGAACAAAGGUCUUGGCAAGUGAUGCCAACUCGUACUCGUGGAGGGCAGCCUCUGGUCGGAUUUCCUAACAGUGAUGUAACUUCUUGUCAGGAGUGAUAAUUGACUUUCUGUCUGCGAAGCUGAUGGUUUCUGAAUUGUUCCAAUAAUGUGGUGCUAAUGGUCCUAGCGGGAAUCAGAGGCAAAUUUUCACCUUUCUCGGUUCACGAGAAUCCACAAACCAACCGUACCUGUCGUGCCCUCUACAAGUUUACCAGGUGUUUGAAAGUGUGGCCAAGAAAUACGAUGUCAUGAACGAUUCAAUGACUCUAGGGUUUCAUCGAAUAUGGAAGGAUAUCUUUGUACACAAGAUGAACCCUUCCCCAGGAACGCUUCUUCUUGAUGUUGCUGGAGGAACAGGUGACAUUGCCUUCAGGUUUCUCAAUUACGUCCGCUCCGUUCGGGAACGCCAGGUGCAGCGGAAGCUGAGGCAGCAGCAGAACUUAUCCUGGCAGGAGAUUUCUGAGACUUACCAGGAAGACAAACUGAAGUCACUAGGGGAUUCCCAAGUGGUGGUCUGUGACAUCAACAGAGAAAUGUUAAAAGUUGGGAAGCAGAAGGCGCAGCAUCUUGGCUACUUGGAAGGCAUGUCCUGGGUACUUGGGGAUGCUGAAGAGCUGCCCUUUGAUGAUGCUAAGUUUGAUGUUUACACAAUAGCCUUUGGAAUCCGAAAUGUAACUCGUAUUGAUUUGGCCCUUCAGGAAGCCUAUCGUGUGCUGAAACCAGGAGGAAGAUUUCUCUGCCUUGAAUUUAGUCAUGUCAACAACCCUCUUCUUUCCAGGCUCUAUGACCUGUACAGUUUCCAGGUGAUCCCUGUUCUGGGUGAGGUUAUUGCUGGUGACUGGAAGUCCUAUCAGUAUCUUGUGGAGAGCAUCCGACGUUUUCCCACUCAGGAGGAGCUGAAGGCAAUGAUAGAAGAUGCAGGCUUCUUCAAAGUGGACUAUCAGAAUUUAAAUGCUGGUGCUCUUCUCGAAGGCCAGCUUGACCUCUCCACAGGCACCACUAGCAGGAAAGCAGAGCAGAGUCAGUGCUCAUAGAUGCUCCUGUGAGUCUGCACAAGCACAGACAGGCAUCCAAGCACUGCAUCACACACAGCCUCCAGCCGCUGCUUUUAACCCUCCAAGGGCAGCAUCAUGUUAAAGGCUUCUCAGAGAGCAUUCAGCAUUCAGGCAGUCUCAUUAAAAACAUGCCAAGGGCUGCCUGCUUUUGUGGGGGGUUUGCUUUUUUUUUUUUUAAUAAACAACAGCCCAAUUAA